UUUUUUGUUCAUUUUACUUCAACUAAUAAAUAAUGCAACUAUUAUUACUUUUUUAACUAGGGCUUCACGAAGAUGCAAAUUUUUUGCUACUCCAUAUCUUGGAUACUAUUCUUAUGUCCUCCUACUCUGACUAUAAUGAAACUGUGCAAUGGCGAAGGUAUAACAGUUAGGGGCUUUCUUGGAGUUUCUAUAAAUAUAACGCUGUAUGCUCAUGCGUUGGUCAGAACAUCGGUGCUAUUUUUUGGUCGCAAACAAAUGAGAGCCUUGAUAGAAACCACCAAACAGUUCUGGGGCAUGGAAAAUUACGAAGCUAUCGUUAAAAGAACUAGGAAAGGAAGAAUAACGUAUAUUUGGAUAACAUUCAGCUUCGUAUUGUCGGGUUGCUUGAAAAGACAUCUGAAUCUUUCUCAGACGGGACUAUAUUAUCCUCGAUUUUUCUCCAAACACGUCUGGGUAUUGAUUUCAGAUCUGUCCAAUCCUGAAAUAAGUGAUAAGUCUAAUUUAUCGAAACAGAUACAUGACAUAGCUGAAGAAUGGGGAUUGCUAGGAUUUAUCAGCUACGACAUACUAGUCAGGACACUUCUGAUACAAAUAACGGUUCAGCUGGAGAUGCUCAACAAAAAGCUGUUGGUCUUAUACGAUUCUAAAGAACCUGAAUCAAUAAUCCGGAAUAAAUUGCGAGAGUGUGUGGAACACUAUUGUCUUCUGAUGUGGUUCGCAGACGGUGUUAACAAACUUUUCUCAAAGGCGUUCUUAGUGACGUUUGCAAGCGAUAUAUUUUCCUGUACAGUAAGUUUGUAUAUGAUUAUGGGGGAUGCAGAUGUGAGAUUAUUGGUUGAAGGAGCACUUCACAUUAUGGCGGCACUUUACAUGCUUGGCUUUUGCUACUGUAUUCCAGCCCAAGACAUGGAUAAUGAGAUAUCAGAUUUAUCGACCAAUGCUUACUUAAGUAAUUGGCAAAACAAUAUAGAUUACAGAAAAGACAUCCUAUUGGUGAUACGUGCUAUGCAAAUACCUUUUGGGAUAUCUGCUGGAAGCAUAAUGCCAAUAAAUAUGCAGACUUUACUUGCGGCUUGUAAAGCUAUGGUAUCAUACUGCAUGUUUCUUAGGACUGUGGAUGGAAGUGCAAACUAGGAAAAGUACCAAAGGAGCAAAGUAUACUAGAAGACUAUUAUGAAAAAUAUGAUAAAAAUAAAUGGCUCUACUAGAUAUGACAUUAUUUAGUAUAGCC